AUGCAGAAACUCAUCAAGCGCACGGCCCAGGCCGAGAAGCAGGUCGCCCGCCGUAUCAAAAAGCGCUCCCGCGUCGAGAACGGCACCGAAAAGGCACAGCGCUUCAGGGACCAGCGGAACCAGCUCACAGAGCUUAACAAGGAUGUCAAGACCGCCCGCCUCGUCCGCCACGAGAAAUGGGCCCUCGGCCCCCUGGCCCCGCGCCGCGACGUCUUCGACAGCUACGGCGCCCUCCAGACGAACCGCCAGGGACGCUCGACGCCCCUCAAGCCCGAGGAGAUUGAGGCGCGCUGUGCCUGGGCCGGCGGUUGCCAGUAUCUUAACAUUGCCGUCAAUGACCGUGUCGUGCUUCUCGAAGGUCCUGACAAGGGCAAGAUCGACCGUAUCGCGAGCAUCAACCUCGAGUACGGCACCGUCACAUUGAAGGACAUCGCAAAGGUCACCGUCGCUGUCCCCGAAACCUUCCAAAAGGGCCUCGACGCCCCCGUAACGCAAAACACAUCCAUGAACAUCCCCAUUUCGGCGAUCCGCCUCGUCCACCCCAUUGUCGACCCAGCUACCGGCGUCGCCCGCGAUGUCGUGGUCCGCCAGCUCGCCCGCGGUCCCGUCAAGUGGUCCCGCCACACUGGCUGGCGCGCCUGGACACGCUACAUCCCCGGCGCCAACAUCGCCAUCCCCUGGCCGGAGCGCGAGACCCCCGUCCGCGAGGACCAGCCCGGCGACACGAGGCGCACCGACGUCGAGGAGGCUACGUUCGUGCCGACGCUCCUCUCCCCGCCCAUGCCCGAGUCCGUCAUCGACGAGCUGCGCAACAAGUACUCGCGCUUCCGUACCCGUCACGAGGACGACUACAUCCUCCGCAAGGAGGCCGAAGAGGCCGAGAAGAAGGCCUUCAAGAAGGCAUCCGCCGACGCCCUCGCCUCCAUGCGCACCCCGCUCCAGGAGCUCAACCGCCAGCAGCGCGAGGCCCGUCGCGCCCGCGGCGAGCCCGAGCUGACGACGGAUAUGCUCCAGCGCAUCGGCGAGAUCAUUGCGAGGAACAAGGCCGCCGCCGGUGGCACUUCUGUGCCGAUACCGGAACUUUCCAAUGCUUCUACCGCCGCGGCGGAAGCGAGCAAGGAGAGCCACCCCCCGCCUCAAUAA